CACACACACACACACACACACACACACACACACACGUAGAUAUACUAUGCAUACUCACAUAAACACAAAUUAUUACCCAACCUAAUCCUCUCCCCACUCAACCACAUGAUCAACUUUAUAUGACCAUUCCAACUACCCCCAAUUCUCUCCCAUCCUGGACAUCCGUUGUGCUGUACCCCCAGCUCUUCCUCUACCUCCUUUUUCUCCUGUCUUUGAUAGUUCCUCUCUAGCUACUACAGCUGUCUCUAUAUGUCCUCUAAUAGACAGACUAGUUGUUCCUCUCUAGCUACUACAGCUGUCUCUAUAUGUCCUCUAAUAGACAGACGAGUUGUUCCUCUCUAGCUACUACAGCUGUUUCUAUAUGUCCUCUAAUAGACACACUAGUUGUUCCUCUCUAUCUACUACAGCUGUCUCUAUAUGUCCUCUAAUAGACACACUAGUUGUUCCUCUCUAGCUACUACAGCUGUCUCUAUAUGUCCUCUAAUAGACAGACUAGUUGUUCCUCUUUAGCUACUACAGCUGUUUCUAUAUGUCCUCUAAUAGACACACUAGUUGUUCCUCUCUAGCUACUACAGCUGUCUCUAUAUGUCCUCUAAUACACACACUAGUUGUUCCUCCCUAGCUACUACAGCUGUCUCUAUAUGUCCUCUAAUAGACAGACUAGUUGUUCCUCUCUAUACCUAUUUUGCUUUACUUCUGCCAGGAUUGCAAUGUGCCAAUGUGCCAACUGUCACAUUAGGUCACAUUGUCUCUCUCUCUCGAAAAAAAGAAGCUUACACAGCAUUGAAAUGGGUCCCCCCCCCUUCCCUCCCUCCCACCCCUCCUUUUUCUCUCUUUCUCUCUCUCUCUCUCUUUCUUAAUUCCUUGCGCGCGUUCUAUCCUUUCUCAGAUAUGUACCGUUUCCUCUCCAAUCGUCUUUGUCUGGGCAUGCUAGCGACCCUUGAGUUAUAUUCCUCAAUGCAUUCUAUCUCAAUUUUAUAUCUGGUUUUGUUAUGUAUUGUUUACUCCUUGAUUUACCUCAGUCUAUUAUGCAUGCUGUCUGUGGGACUGAUAGCUGCAUCUAUCAAUGGAACCGUGUCAGAUCUUCGAAAGGCUUUGUCCAGUGGAUCUACCCUAAACCACAAAAAUCUGAUUAAAGUUUCUCAUCUUUAGCCAUAGCUUGCAGAUACCAUUAGGGCUAAGAGCACGAGCCUGUUUAUCAAUCAGAUGCAUGUGGCCCCAACUCCAACUAUAACCACUAUAUCCAUAGAAUACUAUGGGAGAAAUGUCCUAUUCUUCCUGUGCCAUGGGAGGGGCCUAUAAUGGCCAACUUCCUGGUUUGCUUUGAGUGGCUGAGAGGACAGGAAGUUUCUGUUUACUGUAUGGCAUCGAUCAUACAGUACUCCCUCAAACAUUAGACUCUUUCUUCAUGGAUGUUAACUCCAUGUUGUCGAAACAUAUUCUGUCAGUAGGUCAGUUUUCAAAGAUGAGAAACUCAUAAUAGAUUUUUGUGUCUUUAAUUGUGCUGUGAUGGGUAAAAUUUUGGUCAAUGGAACCUUGUUGCUAUGAAUCGUUGCUUUAAUGUCAAUCUAUAUUGUCGUUGAAGGAGUUCUUGUUAGUUCAGUUCCUUCUCAUUUUUAAUAUAUAUUUUUUGUUACUUUGGAAUGUGCGUACUAGAGAAACGUACUAGAUUUAGUUGAGUUUCAGUUGUCUUGUACUGUGAUUUUCUCUGUGGAUGUAAUGGAUGCCGUUGAAAGGGUCCAUUUUUUAUCGGCCUGUCUUGUUACCUCUUUUUCUCUCUCUCUUUUUGACUCCCUCCACCUCAUCCCUCCCUCCUCCCUCCUCCCUCCACCUCAUCCCUCCCUCCCCCCUCUCCCUCCACCUCAUCCCUCCCUCCUCCCUCCUCCCUCCACCUCAUCCCUCCCUCCUCCCUCCUCCCUCCACCUCAUCCCUCCCUCCUCCCCACUCCCAGUCCGCCGUGUGCCCCCUCGUUUUUCUAUCCCGCCGACCAGUCACGAGAUGAUGCCAGGUGGCAGUGUGAACAUCACCUGCGUGGCGGUAGGGUCGCCCAUGCCGUACGUCAAAUGGAUGCUCAACUCCGAGGACCUAACGCCCGAAGACGAGAUGCCAGUGGGUCGGAAUGUUCUGGAGCUCAACAGCGUGCGAGAGUCUGCCAACUAUACAUGUGUGGCGAUGAGCAGUCUGGGCAUCAUCGAGGCGGUGGCGCAGAUCACCGUCAAGUCCCUACCCAAGCCUCCAGGCACCCCAAUGGUGACCGAGACCACGGCCACCAGUGUCACCAUCACCUGGGACUCGGGCAACCCGGACCCAGUGUCCUAUUACAUCAUCCAGUACCGCGCCAAGUCUCCCGACAGCAAGUUUGAGACCAUGGACGGCAUCACCACUACGCGAUACAGCAUCGGGGGCCUCUACCCCAACACGGAGUACGAGAUCCGCGUCUCGGCCUUUAACACCAUCGGCCAGGGUCCCCCCAGUGAGCCGGUGGAGACUCGGACCGGGGAACAAGCCCCGGCCAGUCCGCCCCGCAACAUCCAGGCCCGGAUCAUCUCCCAGAACACCAUGAUGGUGCGCUGGGACGAGCCAGAGGAGCCCAACGGACAGAUCAAAGGGUACCGGGUGUACUACACCAUGGACCCGUCCCAGCCCAUGAGCCUAUGGCAGAUCCAUAAUGUCCAGGAUAGCAUCAUCACCACCAUCCAGAGCCUGGUGGCGUCUGAGACCUACACCAUCCGUGUCCUGGCCUUUACCUCGGUGGGCGACGGGCCCUUCUCCGACCCCAUCCAUGUCAAAGUGCUGCAAGGAGUCCCCGGACAGCCAACAAAGUUCCAGGUUGGUGCUGUGUCCGACACAAGCAUGGAGUUGACCUGGGAACCUGCCUUCCAGAAAGAGGGGAUCAUCAGCUUUGAACUCCGGUACAAAGAGGGCAGUUUUGGUAGCCAGGUGACCAAAACUUUUGUCCCCACUGCUUCGUACGUCGUUGAGGGUCUGCGGGCGAACACCGAGUACUACUUCUCUCUGGCUGCCAUUUCCAACAAAGGCAUUGGAGCCUUCACCAACGAAAUAUCCCAGAAAACCUUGCAAGCCAAGCCCUCAGCCCCCCCUCAAGAUGUUAAGUGCAGCAGCUCCAGCUCCACCUCCCUGCUGGUAAGUUGGCGCCCCCCGCCUGUGGAGAGCCAGAAUGGCGCCCUGGCGGGGUACCUAGUGCGCUACCAGGUGGUGGGAGCCUCCGUUGAGGGUGGCAAUGCCGGGGAGCCCAUGGAGGAGCCAGCCGUGCUGCCCAGUGAUGGGAAGGUGCUGCUGCAGAAGCUGGAGAAGUGGACCCAGUACAGCGUCACCCUGGCCGCCUUCACUGAGAUUGGGCCAGGCCCAGAGAGCGAGCCCCUGCUGUGCCGCACCGACGAGGAUGUUCCCGGAGCUCCUCCUAGGCGGGUCGAGGUGGAGGUGCUCAACUCCACGGCGCUCAAGGUCAUGUGGCGCUCCCUGUUGCCGGGGCGACAGCACGGCCAGAUCCGUGGUUACCAGGUGCACUAUGUGCGUGUGGAGAACGGGGAGUCGCGCGGCCUGCCCCUCAUCAAGGACGUCAUGCUUGCCGAUGCCCAGUGGGAAACAGACGAUACAGCCGAAUAUGAAAUGGUCAUCGGAGGGCUACAGUCGGACACCAUCUACUCCAUCACAGUAGCUGCGUACACCACGAAGGGAGAUGGAGCACGCAGCAAACCCAAACUGGUGGUAACCAAAGGAGCAGUGCCUGGGCCACCCUCUCUGUCGGUGGCUCAGUAUUCAGAGACGUCGGCGGUGGUGUGCUGGGACGCACCCGAUGUUAUGAUCCCUGGCAUGGGGCUGCAGGGUUACCGGCUUCAGUUUGGCCGCAAAGACGUGUCCCCCCUGGCUAGUCUGGAGUUCACCCCCCAGGAGAGGCAGUACACGGUGGCUGGUGUCCACCGCGGUGCCACCUACCUCUUCAAAGUCCAGGCCAAGAGUCGGGGGGGCUUCGGUGAGGAGGCGACAGCCGAACUGCAGGUGCCCGAACACACACCCCAGGGGUACCCCCAAAUCAGAGAAACCUCCAACGUGACCUGCUGCUCGGUGGAAUUGUCAUGGUCGCCCCCGGUGCUGGCAGAGCGCAACGGGGACAUCACAGAGUACACGCUAGCAUACCAGGAGACGGGCUUGGGGGGCGCGCCCCGGGAACUCAGCCUGCCCGCAAGCCAGUCCACCUACGUGCUCAACAGCCUCAAACCCAACUCGGCAUACGACGUGAAAAUACGCGCACACACGAGUGUAGGUCCAGGGCCCUACAGCCCGCCGAUCCAGUAUCGGACAGUGGCGUUUGAGACAGAUGUACCAAAGAACUUCACAGUGAAGUGGGUAACCAAGACGACGGUGUUGCUAACAUGGAAGUUUGUUGAGAGGCGGUUCCCAUUUCGGUGCACGAUCGAGUACAACCGUCAGAAGAUGGACGUGGAUGCCCGGCUGACCAAGGCGCUGGUCACCAGCCUGCGGCCCAACACCACCUAUGAGUUCCGGGUCAUGUGUCAGGAGAACACAGAGGGUGGCCCUCGCCACCGUGUGGUCGCUCGGACCACACCGCCCAUCCUGGUCAAGAAGCCCAAGCUGGACCUCUACUCGGAGCCAGACAACAUUCUGACCAUGGGUUUCGCCCCGGUAGAGACCAAGGACAUCAAGGACUUCUAUGUGGUGGCGGUACCACUAAAGAAGGGUUUGGGGACUGCACGACAUCUCAAGAACCCAGACGAAAUGGACUUGGAAGAGCUGCUGAGGGACAUCACCCCGAAGCGUCGCACCAGGCGUCAGCUGAGCCAGGCGGAUGGCAAGAAGCCCUACAUCACAGCCUGCUUCAAGCAGCUCCCCACCUCGUUCACCCUGGGCACAGAGCACCGCCACAGCAGCUGUGAGAGUAAACCUCUGGAGCCCGGGCAGGAAUACGUCUUCUUCCUACUGGCUGAGCUCAACACCACCGCCGUGAAAAUGUUUGCGGCCAGCCCAUACACGGACUUAGUGGUGACCCCAGAGCUUGAGGCUGAUCCUCUGCCCAUGGAGACAGGUGGGGACGGCCUCAUCUGGGUGGUGGGGCCCGUCCUGGCCGUAGUCUUCAUCAUCUGCAUCGUCAUCGCCAUCCUCCUCUACAAGAACCGCAAACGAAAGGAGUCAGAGCCCAGAACAAAAUGUCUGCUGAACAACGCAGAGAUCCCCCCCCACCACCCCACAGACCCAGUGGAGAUGAGACGCAUUAACUUCCAGACCACAGGUAUGAUGAGUCAUCCCCCCAUUCCUAUCGCGGAGCUGGCUGAACACACGGAUCUUCUCAAAGCCAACGACAACCUGAAACUCUCCCAGGAGUAUGAGUCCAUCGAUCCAGGCCAGCAGUUUACGUGGGAACACUCCAACCUGGAGGUGAACAAGCCUAAAAACCGCUACGCCAACGUCAUCGCCUAUGACCACUCCCGCGUCAUCCUCGCACCCAUCGAAGGUAUUACCGGCAGUGAUUAUAUCAACGCCAACUACAUAGACGGCUACAGGAAGCAGAAUGCCUACAUGGCUACGCAGGGCCCGCUGCCCGAGACAUUCGGGGACUUCUGGAGGAUGGUGUGGGAACAGAGGGCAGCCACUGUGGUCAUGAUGACCAGACUGGAAGAGAAAUCACGGAUCAAGUGUGACCAGUACUGGCCCAGUAGAGGCACAGAGACAUAUGGGAUGACCCAGGUGACUCUACUGGACACCAUAGAGCUGGCCACCUUCUGUGUUCGCACUUUCUCCCUGCACAAGAAUGGCUCCAGUGAGAAGCGGGAGGUCCGUCAGUUCCAGUUCACUGCGUGGCCCGACCACGGGGUCCCCGAGUACCCCACCCCCUUCCUGGCCUUCCUCCGCCGGGUCAAGACCUGUAACCCCCCAGACGCAGGCCCCAUCAUCGCCCACUGCAGUGCGGGCGUGGGGAGGACGGGCUGCUUCAUUGUGAUCGAUGCCAUGCUGGAGCGUAUCAAGCAUGAGAAAACAGUGGACAUCUACGGCCACGUGACCCUGAUGCGAUCGCAGCGGAACUACAUGGUGCAGACGGAGGACCAGUACAGCUUCAACCACGACGCGCUGCUGGAGGCGGUGGCGUGCGGCAACACGGAGGUGGCGGCCAGGAGCCUGUUCUCCUACAUCCAGAAGCUGGCCCAGGUGGAGACGGGCGAGCACGUCACCGGCAUGGAACUGGAGUUUAAGCGCCUAGCCAACUCCAAGGCCCAUACGUCCAGGUUUAUCAGUGCCAACCUGCCCUGCAACAAGUUCAAGAACCGUCUGGUGAACAUCAUGCCCUACGAGACCACCCGCGUCUGCCUGCAGCCAAUCAGGGGCCUCGAGGGCUCAGACUACAUUAAUGCCAGCUUCAUCGACGGAUACAGGCAACAGAAGGCCUACAUCGCAACGCAGGGCCCGUUGGCAGAGACCACAGAGGACUUCUGGAGGAUGAUGUGGGAGAACAACUCCACUAUUGUAGUCAUGCUCACCAAACUCCGAGAGAUGGGCAGGGAAAAGUGUCAUCAGUACUGGCCCGCUGAGCGUUCGGCCAGGUACCAGUACUUUGUGGUGGACCCCAUGGCUGAGUACAACAUGCCCCAGUACAUCCUCCGAGAGUUCAAAGUCACCGAUGCAAGGGACGGGCAGUCCAGGACAGUGCGGCAGUUCCAGUUCACUGAUUGGCCGGAGCAGGGGGUGCCCAAGUCAGGAGAGGGCUUCAUAGACUUCAUAGGCCAGGUGCACAAAACCAAGGAGCAGUUUGGCCAGGACGGACCCAUCUCUGUCCACUGCAGUGCGGGGGUUGGCCGGACCGGUGUCUUCACCACACUCAGCAUCGUGCUGGAGAGGAUGCGCUAUGAAGGCGUGGUAGACAUCUUUCAGACGGUCAAGAUGCUGCGGACACAGAGGCCGGCCAUGGUCCAGACAGAGGAUGAAUAUCAGUUUUGCUACCAGGCGGGUCUGGAGUACCUAGGAAGCUUUGAUCACUAUGCAACGUAAAAAUCUCGUCCCCCGAAUCCUAUGUCCCCCUCAACAGUCUCCUGAGCCAUAGAAAUGAAAACAACAACAGCUGCCGGAAAACAAAAUUCAACCAACAGAAUAGCAAACGAAUUGUAGAUUAUAAUUUUUUUUUUUAAGUCAACAAGAGUGCAAUUCCAAUUGGACCCAAUGGACUUUGAUGUCGGUGAGGAAACCGUAAAUGACUCCAUCAGCAGAACUAAUUGACGCCCUCACUCUGAAGAAAGGAACCAAAAGUGGUGGCUCAAGCUGUGGGGUGGGAAUAAUUAAAGUGUUGGACUGCUAACCUUACCUCAAGUGUUCAGAUGUGGAGGUGGACAUUGUAAACAUUUCGUGGACAUCUAUUAAAAA